AGGGAGCAUAACAAGAGAAGACAAGAAGAGAAAGGGAGAAGUGCUGAAGAAGAUCUGUGGCUGCAGAGAGGACAGCGGGGCGCAGAAGAGUUUGUGCAGAUUGUUUUUUGGAACAGUUCACUUACUCCUGUAUAGUCACUGGACUCGAACUGUACGUGAAAGUUUGCGCCUGGAAUGCUGUGUGCAUCUUCUUAUAGCAGGACUUAGUGCUGUGUGUUGGCCGCAUGCCAGUGUGCAUGGUGUAGAAGUUAAUAGCUGGCUCGGUGUGUGUCUGCGCGUGUUUGUGUGAGAAUAAGAGGCGGGAUGGGAGCCCUUCGCCUCUCCCUCGCCCUCCUCUUGCUCCUCUCGUCUCCCACUCAAGCCCAGUGGUGGAACUUCUUCUGGGGGGGCCCUGAAGCCGGCUCUGACUCCUCUCCUCCCUCCGUUCCUCCCUCCACCUCUCCCUCCUUCACGUCCCUGGACCUCCCUGUCAGCACAACGGAGCCGGCAGUAAUGGAAGGUAGCACCCAGAGAGAGGGGCCCACCCCGGCCCCUCCUACGCCCAGCCUCAGUGCAUCCAUCCCUGGCCGCAGCACGGCAAAGCCUGGGGCACCAGGUGGAGUCACCCAAGACGGCAAAGCCAAGGCCCGAAUCAAACCUCUGAAACAUUGGAAGAAUGAACGAGAUUCAGGAGGUCAUUUGGACCUGACAGAGUUGAUCGGCGUCCCCCUCCCCCCCCACGUCUCCUUCACCCCGGGCUACGAGGGUUUUCCAGCCUACAGCUUUGGACCCGACGCCAACAUCGGCCGGCUCACCAGGACCUUCAUCCCAGGCCCCUUCUACCGGGACUUUGCCAUCAUCGUGACGGUGCGGCCCAGCAGUCCCAGAGGAGGGGUGCUCUUUGCCGUCACAGAUACCCGUCAGAAAGUGGUGGAGCUGGGUUUGGCCCUCACUCCGGUGCGGGGUGGCCUCCAGAGCAUCUUACUGUACUACACUGACAGAGAACGGGCGUCCCACAGCCACAAGGCCGCCGCCUUCCCCGUCCCAGACAUGACCGACCAGUGGACCCGCUUCACGGUGGCGGUGGAGUACGACGAGGUGCGUCUCUACAUGGACUGUGGCGAGGCUGAGAGGACCACCUUCCAGCGGAGGCCCGAAAGACUCACUUUCUCCAGCAACUCCGGCAUUUUUGUAGCGAACGCAGGAAGCACGGGCCUUGACAAAUUUGUGGGUUCGAUCCAGCAACUGGUGAUAAAAGACGACCCCCGAGCUGCCGAGGAACAGUGUGAAGAGGAUGAUCCUUAUGCCUCGGGGUACGCCAGUGGGGAUGAUUCGCUGGACGACAGAGAGUCUGACGAGGAACUGGCAAAGAGGACACGGGGAAGAGAACACGACAGAGGAUGGGAGGAGGACAGCGUUCCAGUCCGAGCUCCACCCACGGAGGCUCCAGAGGUGGAGAUAGAUGAGUACUCUGGUCACCUGACCACCACUGAGGCCAGUGAGGAAAUGCUGAUAAGAGGCCCACAACAGACGGAGGAGCCAGGGGAGAGGUCAAGAGAUAGUCGUGUGUGGCAGGGGCCAAAAGGAGAGAGAGGGGAUCCAGGGCCCAGAGGCCCCCCCGGUCCCCCAGGUCCUUCUCGGCAUGGAAAACCAGUUGAACCUCAGCCAAGCGGGCCACAUGGCCCAACAGGGCCUCCCGGACAGCCCGGACAGCCCGGGAGAGAUGGACAGCAGGGAAGCAAGGGGGAAAGUGGAGAGCCAGGUGAGAGAGGACCUCAGGGCUUUCCAGGUCUGCCUGGAGAGGCUGGAGCCAAAGGAGAGAAGGGAGAUCCUGGAGUUGGUUUACCAGGUGCUAUCGGCCCACCUGGCCCCCCCGGGCCUCCUGGCCCCCCCAGAUCACGCAGUGUUCCUUAUGGACCAGAUGCCCUGGGCUCUGGCUUUGAGGACCUGGACAGCGACGCUGAGCUCAUCAGGGGCCCUCCUGGUCCACCAGGGCCUCCCGGACCUCCUGGACUUCCAGGAAUCUUGCCAUCAUCGAGCACAAUAGACGGCCUCUCUUCUGGGCAAGUUGGACCACCCGGUGCCCCUGGAAGAGAUGGCCUGGACGGGCUCCCAGGCAAACCCGGACUACCAGGUCUACCAGGACGAGACGGAGCUUCAGGUCCAACAGGACCCCCAGGAGAGAAGGGUGAACAAGGGCUACCUGGGCCACCUGGACCAAAGGGUGAAUGUGGAUCUGUGGGUGUGACGGGGGCCCCGGGUGCCAACGGAUCCCAAGGGAGGAGAGGGCCACCAGGUUCCCCAGGACUACCAGGACCUCCUGGACCGCCUGGAGCCAGAUUCUUUGUAGAGGACUUGGAAGGAUCUGGGAGGAGUGACAUGCUUAUUGGAGCUGGAGUCAGAGGCCCACAGGGUUCCCCUGGCCUGCCGGGCCCUCCAGGACCUAAGGGUGAGGAUGGUGCUCCAGGCACUCCAGGACUGUCUGUCAAGGGUGAGCCAGGUGACCCAGGGCCAGAGGGUGUCCAGGGUCUGGCUGGACUACCAGGUGCAAGGGGAACCAAAGGAGAAAAAGGCAGUCCGGGAUCCAAGGGCGAUCGCGGUGCUGAUGGGCUCAGCAUCCCAGGACCACCUGGGCCUCCUGGACCUCCUGGACAAUCCAUCACCCUGCAGGAUCUGCUCCUCAAUGACACAGAGGGCAUCUUCAACUUCACUGAGAUCAGAGGAGCACCAGGGCCCAUGGGCGCUGAAGGCUUGCCUGGCAGAGCAGGAUUUCCUGGUCCUAGAGGACCAAAAGGAGACAUCGGCCCUACAGGUAUCCAGGGCCCCGCGGGGCUCAAGGGAGAGAAGGGAGAGCCAGGAGUGACCAUUGCUGCUGAUGGAUCUGUCAUAACUGGACUCAGGGGCCCUCAGGGGCCCAAAGGCAUCAAGGGUGACCGCGGCUUCCCUGGAACUGCUGGACUUAUGGGUCCAGUAGGACCAACUGGGCCUAAAGGAGAAUAUGGCUUCCCCGGUCGAUCGGGACGACCUGGUCUGCCAGGGAGGAAAGGUGACAAAGGAGAAUCUGUCGGCCUGCCGGGACCCCCAGGGCCUCCCGGCCCACCAGGACCUCCAGGAAAAAUUCUCGGGCUCAAAGGAACAGUGUUCCCGGUGCGCCCCAGACCGCACUGCAAACAGGGACGAGAGUCGAUGGUGAGGAGAAGCUCAGCUGGAGCUAAAGGAGAUAAAGGGGACAUGGGAUUGCCUGGAGAGCCAGGCACAUCAGAGCCCAUGUUUCCUGAAGGAGUUUUGGGUGCUAAGGGUGAGAUUGGCUUCCAAGGUGAGAAGGGAGAGAAGGGUGACUCCGGCUUACCCGGUCCUCCAGGACUCCCUGGGAGGUCAGGAUUGGUGGGCCCCAAGGGUGAGUCCAUUGUGGGUCCCCCGGGUCCUGCUGGAUCCCCUGGCCAACCUGGCACCCCUGGGUUCGGACGACCUGGUCCGCGUGGACCCCCUGGCCCUGCUGGACCGCCAGGACCUGCAUCUGCAUAUGGAUCAGCUGUCAGUAUCCCAGGCCCUCCUGGUCCCCCCGGCCCACCUGGAUCCCCUGGUUAUGCCAACCCGGUCACCACCUAUAAGACGCUGCAUGCUCUUUCUAGAGAGAGUUACCGGGCGGCAGAGGGCACCAUAGCUUAUGUGUCUGACAGGGGGGGAGAGCUGUAUGUCAGAGCACGCGACGGCUGGCGGAAGGUUCAGUUAGGAGGGUUGAUCCAGCUGCCACCAGAGGGACCGUCCUCCUCAGCACUAUCUCAGUCCCUCAGCAGACCAGGAGAAUUGAGCAGACCACACAGGAUACACAGCCAGGAGCUUCAGGAGCCGAGCAGAGGAUAUCGGCCCAGCCAUAACGUAAUGCCACAGGAAUUCAACUCUGUGCCAGGGCUCCAUCUUGUGGCACUGAACGCCCCGUUGAAGGGGGACAUGCGCGGCAUCCGGGGGGCAGACUUCCAGUGCUACCAGCAGGCUCGAGCCAUGGGUCUGACGGCCACCUACAGGGCCUUCCUGUCCUCCCACCUCCAGGACCUGGCAACCAUAGUGAGGAAGGCCGACCGCACUGACAUGCCAGUGGUCAAUCUCAGGGGCGAGAUGUUGUUUGACAGCUGGAUGUCAAUCUUCUCCGGGAAUGGAGGCGUGUUCAAUACAGGCACGCCCAUCUAUUCCUUUGAUGGACGCAACAUCAUGACUGACUCCGCGUGGCCAGAGAAGUUGAUAUGGCACGGCUCCACUGCAGCGGGCAUCCGUUUGACCUCCAACUACUGCGAGGCAUGGAGGACGGCCGACUUGGCGGUGACGGGCCAGGCCGCGCUCCUGCAGACUGGCCGGCUGUUAGGACAGCACACCCGCUCCUGUUCCAACCACUACAUAGUGCUGUGUAUAGAGAACACCUAUGUGGGCAACACGCAUAAGAAGAAUUGAUCAGAGGGGAGACACAAGUACACACAAAAACACACAUGCAGGCAUGGUGAAAGUGCAAAGUAGAAAAUGUAACAAUGCACGAGAAGAUUUGAACAAGAAAUGCGAGCACACACACACACACAAGAACGUAGGCAGAUGCACAUCCAUGCAGAAACACACAUGAUGCUUGGAAAACACAUUAAGGGCACUUUUGUUCACUUAUGCAAGCAUGCAGAUGAAAUACUCACACACACAUAUGCAACAGGGACACAUAAUAAUGUUGCAUUACAGUGAGCAAUACCUUCCACUGAGGUUAAUUCAGAUAUUUUUUUUCCAAUUUGUGCAAUUUGACGUUUGAUUGCAAUGCCACAGCUGCACGUGAAAAUGUCUUUUCACGUUGUGAUUGGACUGCACCACUGAUGUAAACUGGCCAACCCACGCUAAAUCGAAAGAAUCCAUCAGUGGGCAUGCAUCCGUCCAAGUCAACACUCCCAUGUUAUUUAUAUUCACUAAGCAUGUGACCGUAUAUCGCCAUACAAGAUACUAGGAUUUGACACAGUCACAGUAUUCUCUGAAAUCCCAGUUGUGUAACUGAAAAAUGGAUUGGGAUAUCGUACUGCCAGAAGCUACAGCUGACCACAACUGGGUAAAAUCAUUAUUAAGUUGGUAUCCCAGUUCCACGGCAGGGAAAUAAGAUAUUGCCCUCUUUACCCUUACUUCACUGAGUCAUUCCAGAAAUUAUUUAAUUCCCCAUUUUAAGGGAAAAAAGAGUAGAUGUGCUACACGUGUUCCAUUCCAGGCAACUAGCUUUUAUUUCAGCCUCAUUACUGAUAUCACAACUGUAUCGUGGUGCCGACCCAGCACUGUGUAUCAGUGUGUUUUGAGCUCUGAGUUUCAUUCCAUCCGUCUUCAUUCACCUUGUUCUAGAGGCUUCCUGAGUAAAGAGCUGUGAGCGAUGCAUACAAAAGGCUGCAUUUACACUGGAGAAUAAAGCCUACUGGUCAAUGUCACGUUACCUAGAUUUUUCAUGUUUAAAAUAACCAGGUGUGAUUCACAUAGAAUAUUUUUUUUCUUUCAGUACAAAAGUAAUCCGAAGUAUUUCAAAGUUACACAUACAUAAUGAGAUUUAACUGAUCAAACUUUUUUUUUUUGUUUUGUUUUUUUUUUAUCACUUGACUGAGUCUUCAGUUCCUGGACAUCUUUACCAAGUUCUCACUUUGCUCUUUUAGUCUGUCUGUCCCUUGAAGAAAGAUGUACAGUCAUGUAAAAGCACCACCAUCCAAUCACAGCAUCACUUCUCCUGCCUUUCAUCUGACCUUUGGAAAUCCAAAGGACUUGGCUGAAUUUUCCCUAGGAACCUUUUGCCACUGAGAUCUGCUUUGUUCCAGUGAAAUUUCCACAAAAAGAUAAAAGUCUGAUCUUGAACCUCCCAAUCUGGGAGGUUCACUGUUUUGUUAAACCACACUGACACUGUUUUGUUAAACCAAGAUUUAAAAGACCAGAGUUUGGUCCUAUAAGGUUAAGCAUCUGACCUCAGGGUUAGAAAAUAUACAAAUUUAGGGUUUGAA